AUGAAUGCUUACUCAUGUGCUCAUGAUGCAGGGUCAUUGGCUGGUGAAGUUGGACAUGAUGGCAAGAGUAGACAUAGUGUGGCAAGGCUGUGUGUUGCAGAGUGUGGAAUAGACUUACAACAGUUCAAUAUCACACCUGGACUUCUCCCAAAGAGUCUUCACACACUAAAUUUGUCAAGAAACAAGAUCAGCACCAUUGAGGGCCUCAGAGAAUUAACCCGAAUGCGUGUACUUGACCUAAGUUAUAAUCGCAUCUCAAGAAUUGGACAAAGGGUUAUCAAAUUGUAUACCGGUCAAAGAGCUAUAUCUUGCGGGAAACAAGACAAGUGAUGUUGAGGGGUUGCACAGAUUAUUGAAGCGAACAGUUCUGGACUUGAGCUGAACAAGGAUGCUGUAAAGCCUCAAAGGGCUCGAGAGAUGCUCACUGAUAGUGUUGCCAAAGCUGCGCUAGGAAACAGCAGCCGGACCAUUUAGUUGGCUGGAAUUUGGAUUUAGGCUGAGCUUAUAUUUGAAACUUAGAAAUUUGUUUAGUUGGAAUUUCAUGUUGUACAGUAAUUUUGAAUGCUUGCUUAAUUACUUAUGUUAAAUGCAACUAAUGGUCGAUUUGUGGAUUGUUAUG